UAGCGUAACGCCUCAUCAACCGUUAGCUUGACACUUCUACAGGUUGCUGUCAGGUUGGUGCACCGUAAAGUAAAGCCAACUUUCAUUUUACUCAAAUAACCAGUGGCGGUUGUAACUUUAGCAUAUCGAUAUCGUUAUUUAGUUAUUUAAGCUGGAGUUAGAUCAUUUAGCCACAUACGUGAAGCUGUUGAAGGUGUAUAAUUAUGUUACAGCUGUAGAAUAUAUGAUUAACGUUAGUUCGCUGCUCGGUGUGCAGUGACGGUACGUGACUAAACUAGCAGGCUCUUGUCGUCUGUUAGCCGUGACACACCACGCUCCAUUUACACGUUGUCUAAAGUGACGUUCGCGUGCCAUCGUGUCGGCUUUGCGUGCACUCGUUGUAUGCUGUACGGCUCGUGUCAUUUAACGCUAACGUGUCCGAGAUUACGUGUAGAAUACGCUGGAACCAGUGACUGCUGGCCGUCUCCCCCACAGGGUUUAGUCUUCUAGUGUCACUUUAAGCUCUCGGACAGGGGUCUAAAGAGACUCCAUUGAGAUAAGGCGGUGUCGUGCAUGUGUGAUCCACCGUGCAGACUCAGUCCGAUGUGGCCUCGGGGUCUUUCACGUCAGUUCUUGAGGAAAAAGACGUUGGUUGGAAAUGAGUCAUUUGACAGGAAGCUGCUGCAGUGAGCGAUGUGGCCAUCAUUGACCUGCUGUGUCAUUGCUGGAGGACAUACACGUUACAAUCACAUAGAAAAUAGUUCUUCUGGAGAUUGUGGUGUUUGGCAAUUCACCAUAUACAGUAUAUACAGAGGUCCGAGAAUACCACAAUGUGGGCUCAGGUUUGUGUUGUGCUGUAUGUUGAACUACUCGGCUGUGUCACUGAAGAACUUUCCAGGGAAAUGGCUCCAGACAGAUGUUUCUGUCAUCACCAUGAGCUCCAGCUUCACACUGGAUUUUCUACAGAACUGCUAUCCAGUAAAGAUCCGGUAGAUGGAUCAGUUUUAAACAAAUGCGCCAGCACCAUGUCAGGAAAAGCCUUGAAGAUGAGUUCCAGAGUGUCAGUUGAUCUGGAGAAAGCGGAGGAGGAAGAAGUGGAGGAGGAAGACGAAGAGAGCGUCAACCCGACAGAGGUGAAAAUGAGUCAGAUAGUGAUGCCCUGUCACAGCAACCAUCGACAGGAGCUGAGCGUGGGUCAGCUGCUCAAAUGGAUAGACUCCUCUGCCUGCCUCUCCGCUGAGCGGCAUGCUGGGUGUCCCUGUGUCACCGCCUCCAUGGAUGACAUCCACUUUGAACAUACCAUCAGCGUGGGCCAGGUGGUGAACAUCAAGGCGAAGGUCAACAGAGCCUUUAACACCAGCAUGGAGGUGGGUGUACAGGUGAGCUGUGAGGACCUGUUCUUGGAUCGGCACUGGAGGGUUUGUCACGCCUAUGCCACCUUUGUUACCCAGCGCACAAACACAGGGAAAAAGGUGAUCUUGAAGCCCAUCUUACCUCACACUGAGAAGGAGCAGGUAGAAUACAGCGUGGCAGCUGAGAGACGGCGGGUCAGGAUGCUACACGAUGACAUCAUCAAGGAUCUGCGCUCCCAUGGGUCUGUCCUGCAGGCUGACAACUCUGCAGUAGGCAAUGCGGUGGCAGCAGAGAAGACCAAGGUGGAGAGUGUCGAACUGGUUCUACCCCCACAUGCUAACCACCAGGUGAAUACAUUUGGAGGACAGAUCAUGGCCUGGAUGGUGAAUGUAGCUACAAUUGCUGCCAGUCGUCUCUCUCGGGCUCACCCGACUCUGCGGACCAUCGACAUGUUCACCUUCAGAGGACCUUCUCAGGUGGGAGACAGACUGCUGCUGAGGGCCAUAGUCAACAACGCCUUCAAAAACAGCAUGGAGGUGGGGGUGCGAGCAGAAGCCUACCAUGAGGAAGGGCCUAACCGACACAUAAACUCCGCCUUCAUGAUCUUCGAGGUGCUCGACGACCACAGGAAGCUGUGCACGUUGCCACGGAUACGACCCGAACCCUUGGAAGGGGGGAGGAGGUUUCAAGAGGCCAUAGCCAGGAAGAAGAUCAGACUGGACAGAAAGUACAUCAUUUCCUGCAAGCAGGGCGAAGUCCCUCUGUCUGUGCCCUGGGACCCCAGAAACCAGAAGAACAUCAACAUUGACUUCUGGUUUCACACGAGGAACAUGUUCUCCUGGCUGAUGGACCCAUCCUUCUCUCCUCCCUCCUGCCUGGUAUAUCUGAGCUAUAACAAUGUUUCUGCUCUCAAGAUGUUGGCUGCUAGAAACAACUGGCGACUCAGCUCUGAGAAAGACAAGGUCCGUCUUUACACCAUGGAGCAGAAGUCCACGUUGAGUUUCAGGGUGGAGUCAGAGGUGGAUGUUCCUGCUCACAGAGCUUUUGAUCUGCUGGCUGAGCUGAGCAACAGGCCAGGCUGGGACACACAUUAUCAGAAAUGUGAGCUGAUUCACCGGGUGGACGAUGAUGACUUCCUGUAUCGAGUGGUGACCCCAUCAGUGAGUGACGGUGCUGUAGGUUCCCGGGCUUCAGCCCAUCAGGGAGAAGGACAUCUCCAGGACUUCAUCUUGUUGGCUUCCAAGAGGAAGCCGUGUGGCAGUGGAGAUCCAUACGUCAUCGCACUGCGCUCGGUGUCCCUGCCCACUCACCCUCCCACUGAAGAGUACAACAGAGGCGAGGUUCUGUGUGCUGGGUUUACCAUUCUGAAGACCAAGAACAACAUGUCACUGAUCAGUUACUAUAACCAGGCGUCUCCAGAGGUGGUUCCAUACAUCUCCACAGAUAUCGCCGGCCUCUCCUCCUCUUUCUACCACAACUUCUGCUCCUGCCGCCAGUACCUGACCAGGAACAGGCUGGAGGCCACCUCCAGUCCGGAGGAUCAGGCGGGCCAGAACCAGGCCUCGGAUACAGACAGUCCCACCUGUGAUGUUAGAGCGGACAACACCCAGCUGUAAUCAGUCAGUGGUCCUCCCCAGGCCAGUUUACAAGUGUAGAGAGCUUCUUCAAGCUGCUGUUUAUGCAACAAUGGUACUAUUGACACUGUCAUAAGUGUCCUCGGUGAACAGAAGGUGGUAUUUACAUAAGAAAAAAUAACACUUCAUUGAUUUUAAUCAAGAGAUUAUAAUGUAACAUCUAAAGAUCACAAUAAAGUGAGCAAAGUGAGACACUUGAAUGCCCACAGUAAUAUUAAUGAUUCAUUAUUGUGACACAAAUGGAAUAUUGUAAUCUGUCACUAAAUGUCAGAUCAUAUUUUCUGUUUGCAGAUCUAAAGUCAAUUUUCAUUUGAUUCUAAAUCUAAAGUGUGAGGUUUAUAGGAAAUGCAGGGUUCAUUUUUUAGAACACUAACAGAUGAGAGAACUGUCAACAUUGGCUGACUGCAAUUAGCACAAAGUAAUGUGUGUCUUUUGAAACAUUGUAUAAAUACAAACAAAUAAAUGCUUUAUAUAAAAUGUU